AUGUCCAACUACAACGAAGAAGAGGAUAAAGCCUUGACCCCUGACGAACUGCUCAAGGUUGAGGAGAAGGUGCAGGAUUGGUGGGCCGCCAAUACCCCGUCCAAUACGGAGGUGAGACCUGAAAGUUUCGGGAAGGGUUGGAUCAGACUUCUCAACCGAUUUGCUGCGGACGAGCCAUAUGCUUGCAGGGAAGAUAUCAUGGGGCAUCUCAAUAUAUGGGGAGCUCGCUACGAGAAUGCGAAGGAGACGGUGGAGAAUCUUGAAGCAGUGGAGUCGGAAGAGAUGAACUUGGACGACGACGACGAUGAUGACGAUGGAACCGAAGACUGGGAGGCAGAAGAGGGGGCAACGUCUCAUGGAGAGACUGAAGGUGGGGACGCAACCACUGGGAGCGAGUUGCUUAAGAGCUUGAAGAGUGCCAGAGAGCCCCUGCGGUAUAUAUACGCCAUGUUGAGCGGUCGGUCGUCAUGCCCGAAAACGUAUAGCGGAGCUCGAGAUGCUACGCAUGGACUUCAAAUCAGCGGAGUCUUCAAGUCCCGUGUCGAGAGUCAAUAUGUCAAUCGGAGGCGAAACUGCCACUCAUCGCUUCGUUGCAUCCCUCCAACCCAGCGCUGCAAUCCGGUCGAUGGGUUCCUGCUGCAGAAAACAACCCCUAUCGACUCCGGUAUACCGCAAGCUGAAGAAGCAUGCGAUAUACCCCGUGUGCUCGCCGGCUAUCGUCCGCUCAACAACCAGACCGUCCAAAGGGAGCUAGGGUUACCACAGGGAGCUAGGGUUACCGCGGGGAGCUAG